AACCAUAACCAAAGUUGGUCCCCACCGUCUGGGCCCACCACCGCUCAGCCGUUUCCCACCGCUUCCAUUCUCAACCAUCCACUCGCUUUCUUUUCCGUCUAGAGCCUUCGCGCGCUCUCUCUUUCUCUCUCUCUCUCUCUCUCUCUCUCCAACUUCCAUCUCUUCUGCAACUCGAAAACAAAAACACAAAAACUAGAAUAAAAAUAAUUCAAAAACUCUCUUCACCUUCCGCGAUCAAUCCACAAUAUGAAUAUCGGUUCAAAAUACAAAAACACCAAUUUUCAAUACCCCUUCAACUUCAGGCCUCACGAUAAUCUCCGAUUCGCAUCCAAAAACCCUUUCCGAAUCGUCGAGUUCCGUGUCUAUCGUCGCCGGAGGCUCAAACUGAACCGAAAACUCGCACUCCGCAACCAGUUGGUUCCCUUCGAUAACUUAUUCAAUAGCUUUGUCUCUCAAUUCCCUUCCGCCAAUUCAUUGGAAUUCAUAGCUCCUGUACUCGGCUUCGCCUCCGGCAUCGCUCUGUAUCUCUCGCGUAUCAACUCCCCGAAGCUUUCGGAGGUCUCGGAUAUCGGAGAGUGGAUUCUGUUUACCAGUCCGACGCCAUUUAAUCGGUUCGUGUUGCUGCGGUGCCGGUCGAUAUCGUUCGAAGGGAGAGAGUUGUUGGAGGACGUGAACGAGAAACUGGUGAAGGAAGAAAAGCAUUACGUGAGGCUCAACAGCGGUAGGAUUCAAGUUAAAGCUGGUGGCGUUGAGACGGAUAGUGAUUUGGAGGAGAAAUUGGAGUAUCAGAGAGUUUGCGUGAAUACCGAUGACGGAGGAGUUAUCUCGUUGGACUGGCCUGCCCAUUUGGACCUCGAAGAGGAGCACGGAUUGGAUACCACUUUGUUGUUGGUGCCUGGCUCGGCUGAAGGAAGCAUGGACAGAAAUGUACGGUCUUUUGUCUGUGAAGCUCUCAAGCGCGGUUUGUUUCCCGUCCUUAUGAACCCUAGAGGUUGUGCUGGUUCGCCUCUCACCACCGCAAGGUUAUUUACAGCUGCUGACAGCGAUGAUGUCUGCACUGCCAUACAGUUCAUCAGUAAGGCAAGGCCUUGGACGACAUUGAUGGGUGUUGGCUGGGGUUAUGGUGCUAACAUGUUGACAAAGUACCUGGCUGAAGUUGGGGAGAAGACGCCACUCACGGCCGCCACAUGCAUUGACAGUCCGUUUGACUUAGAGGAGGCUACAAGGUUCUAUUCUCAUCACAGGGCUAUUGAUCAGAAGCUCACUGAUGGACUGAUAGAUAUUUUAAGAUCCAACAAGGCACUGUUCCAAGGUAGAGCAAAAGGAUUUGAUGUAGAGAAGGCUCUCUCUGCAAAAUCUGUUCGUGAUUUUGAGAAAGCAAUCUCUAUGGUGUCUCAUGGUUUUGAAGCUGUUGAAGAUUUUUAUUCAAAAUCUAGCACGAGAAGUAUGGUUGGGAAUGUGAAGAUUCCUGUUCUUUUUAUACAGAAUGAUGAUGGAUCAGUGCCUCUCUUCUCAAUUCCACGCAGCUUGAUAGCAGAAAAUCCAUUUACCAGCCUGCUCUUAUGUUCAUUUUUGCCUUCUAAUGACAUAUAUGGUGGUGGGUCUGCUAUAUCUUGGUACCAGCAACUCACAAUUGAGUGGCUCACGGCAGUGGAGCUUGGACUUUUGAAGGGUCGUCAUCCUCUUUUAAAAGAUGUAGAUAUAACCAUCAACCCUUCAAAAGGUUUAGCUCUUGCAAAUGGCAGACCAUCCCAAGACAGUGGAAAGGUUGCUAAGCUACUGGAUCUUACUCACUUGAGUGCUUUAAAUGGAUAUUCUGGGGAUCGUAUGAAUGAUAUGCUUGAAGAAAGUGAUGAUGCUACUAGCUUAAGCUUAAGAUCCAGAAAGGUGUCGCAAAGAAAGUUAGAAGUUGAAGAUGCAAAAUUGCAGGAAGUGGAAAAUGGUGGUAACUCUAUUGAUGCAGAAUUGGUCAACGACGAGGAAGUCAGUCCAGAAGAUUCUGAAAGAGGUCAAGUGCUACAGACAGCACAAGUGGUAAUGAAUAUGCUUGAUAUAACGAUGCCUGGUAUUCUAACAGAAGAGAAGAAGAAGAAGGUUUUAACAGGUAUUGAUCAAGGAGAGACACUAAUGAAAGCUUUGCAAGAUGCUGUGCCAGAAGAUGUUCGUGAUAAGCUUACAAAUGCGGUAUCAGGAAUUUUGCAUGCUCAAGGUACAAAUCUAAAAAUUAAUGAACUCCUGGAUGUUGCACGGAUUUCAAAUGUGUCAUCAGGAUUGAAGUCAAAGAUCCAAGAGAAAGUCAGGGGAAUAUCAAAUGAAGAAGGCUCAUCUCAGGAUCAUCAUACUUCAGAUCAGAUGAAAACAGCUGAUGAUCUGUCGGAUAACUCUGUUAACAAUCAACCUAGCAUCAAUAAAGCUUCUGGGGCAGUAGAAUCUGAGCUUCAUCAGUCAGAAAAAUCUCAAAAACCCAUCAACAUAUCCCAGUCUCAAUCAGUGAGCAACCAGGGAAGCGAAUCUUCCAGUUCUGUCAGGAAGGAAAGUGGUGAUCUAGGAAACAAUGAAAAUGGUGGCGAGAAUAUUGACAAUAUUGAGAAGGGAUCAGGUGUUAAGCCUAACAGUUCCAGCCAUGCUGAAAAGGUAGGUGGUGCUGAGGAAGCAAUUGUUGAUGAGCACAAGGACCAAAGUGGAAGAAUGGCUCAAUCAGACACAAAAGAGGAGAAUAAUGACAAAAAUGAAGAGAAAUCGGUCCACAAUGAAAAUAAGAUGGCAUCAACUAGUAUGACAGAUGAGGUAUCUUCAUCUCCAGGAUCCUUUUCUGAGGCACAAGUCCAACCAACAGAAAGGGAAGACAAUGAAAAUCAGAAGAUGGAUGACAAAAAUAUGCAGCCUACUCUGGAUCAGACCAAGACUAAUUCAGAUUCUAAUUCUCCAACAUUCAAUGUUUCUCAGGCUUUUGAUGCCUUGACAGGGAUGGACGAUUCUACUCAAGUUGCAGUUAAUAGUGUUUUUGGUGUAAUAGAGAAUAUGAUAACUCAGUUGGAAGAGGGUUCAGAAAAUGAAAGUGAGAACAAGGAUGAGGAAAUUGAUUCUGCAUCUGACUCUGUAUCUAGGAGUCAUCAUUUGAUCAGCGAUCACACGCUGGAAGAUUCAGAAGGUACGAGUAUUGAUCAGAGUGUAGAGGCUGACAGAUUAAGUAAGCCCUUAGCAUUUAAACACAUUGAGAACAGUAUAAAUUCACAGCAUGCUUCACCAAACAGAUUCUUAGAGAAGAAACCCUCUCAUAGUCCGAGUUCAUUUAAUGGAAAGGAACUGAACAGUUCUCAGAAAAGUUACAAGGAUAAUAGCAAUAGAAAGAACAAUAAAUUAGCUGGUAGCAAUCUUCUUCUUGAUAAUUCUUACAGACUUAAUAAAGCUACUAAUGUUCCUUUGUACAUAACUUCAAACGCAAAUGGAGGCUCUCUUUAUAAUGAACGUCUUCAUAAUUAUGUCACGUCUGACAAUCCUACUAAACCACUAGAUUUGGAUACAACCACUGCACUCUUUCUCGACUACUUUCCAGAAGAAGGUAAGUGGAUACUCAAAGAACAACCAGGAAAUAUUGAAAGUUCUGCCAAUGAUGUUCCAACUCAAAGGGAUGUAGACAGAAAUAUGUCAAAGCAGUCACCUCCAAAGGUAGCUGAUGAAGUAAUUGAACCAUCAUAUGUAGUAUUAGAUACAGAAACGCAACAGGAACCGGUUGAAGAAUAUGAGAGCACUGAUAAUGGGAAGGAAUAUGUCGAAAUUAAUGACAAUAGGUCAGAGGAGUUGAUGCAUUUUGUGAAAAGUGUUGUAUUGGAUUCAUUGAAGGUUGAAGUUGGUCGCAGGCAAAGUACAGCUGGCAUGAAAGAAAUGGAACCUAAUCUUGCAAGAGAUAUGGAACAAGUGGCAAAUGCAGUGUCAUUGUCAAUUAGACAUGACAAGGAUCACAUCCAACUUUCUGAUGUUAAAUGCCAUAAAAUUGACUGUACGGAGAAAAUUUGCACUCUUGACGGAGAGGAUAUUAUUAGGGCCAUAUCGUCUGCUGUUCAGGAGACUAGCUACUUGAGAAGAGCGAUUCCCGUUGGUGUCAUCAUAGGCUCUAGCUUAGCUGCAUUAAGAAAAUAUUUCAAUGUAGAAACAGUGCAUAGUCAGAAUGUUGAUGAAGCCAAAAAAUCUGGAGAAAUUGAUCCUGGUAUGGUUAAUUACAUUGAGACUCACCAAAUUCCUGUCGAAAAGCCUAUGCAGAAUGGUUGGUUGGACAGUUCAGUCAGCAGGGCAGGGGGCAAAACUGAAUCGAGGAAUCUAAAAAAUGAGACUAUGAUGAUGGGUGCUGUUACUGCUGCCUUGGGGGCAUCUGCCUUCCUGGUGCAGAACCAGGAUACGUUCAAAGACAGUGAAUUAAAUUCAUCCAAGUCUUUAAAAAUGAGAGAUAACAAUCAAAAGGAGCCUGAGAAACUUGAGGAGGACACAUCUGAAAAAGGCCAAAAUAACCUGGUCACAAGUCUUGCUGAGAAAGCGAUGUCAGUUGCUGGUCCAGUGGUACCCACGAAGGAAGAUGGUGAAGUGGAUCAAGAAAGGCUUGUCGCUAUGUUGGCAGAUUUGGGUCAGAAGGGUGGCAUUUUGAGGUUGGUUGGCAAAGUUGCUCUGCUUUGGGGUGGUCUACGUGGUGCAAUGAGUUUGACUGACAGGCUCAUCGUGUUUCUUCGUCUUGCUGAACGGCCCUUGAUCCAGAGGAUUCUUGGGUUUAUCAGCCUGGUACUUGUUUUAUGGUCACCAGUUGCUGUUCCACUGCUUCCAGCAAUUGUGCAGAGCUGGACAACAAAGACCCCGUCCAGAAUUGCUGAGUUUGCUUGCAUAAUUGGCCUUUAUACUGCUGUUAUGAUACUUGUAGUGUUAUGGGGAAAAAGAAUACGUGGGUAUGAAAAUCCACUUGAGCAGUAUGGGCUAGAUUUGACGUCAUUGCCAAAGAUUCAUAAUUUUUUGAAGGGCGUGAUUGGAGGAGUCAUGAUUGUAUCAUCAAUUCAAUGUAUUAAUGCAUUGCUUGGUUAUGUCAGUCUUUCUUUGCCUUAUACUACAUCUCCUUUAGAUGCCUUAUCAUGGCUCAAAAUGAGCGGGAAAAUUUGUAUGGUUGUUGGUCAAGGAAUUAUAACAGCAACUGGUGUUGCACUUGUUGAAGAAUUGCUAUUCAGGUCAUGGUUGCCCCAAGAAAUUGCCUCUGAUCUUGGAUAUCAUAAAGGACUUAUAAUAUCAGGACUUGCAUUUGCUUUAUUGCAGAGGUCUCCAUGGGCAAUACCAGGGCUAUGGCUUCUAUCUCUGAGUUUAGCAGGUGCUCGGCAGACAACCGAAGGCAGCCUUGCUGUUCCAGUUGGGAUGCGUGCAGGAAUACUGGCUUCAAGUUCCAUCUUGCAGAGGGGUGGCUUUUUAAACUACAAACCUAACUUACCUCUUUGGAUUACAGGGACUCACCCAUUCCAACCAUUCAGUGGGGUAAUUGGUUUUGCAUUUUCUUUACUAUUGGCACUAUUUCUCUAUCCUAGACAACCUCUGCAGAAGAAAGUGAAGACGACAGGCCAUGAAUAAUCAUCCACAUGAUUGGUGAAAACGACAGGUCAUGAAUAAUCAUCCACUUGAUUGGUGAACUGCUGGUAUGUGUCAGAUAUGGUGUUGUAUUUGCCGAUUAAAAACUUACAAAGUGGGGUUCCAUUGAUAACGUGAUUAUCUGUUCAUAUCCGCUUAAAAUUAUACAUAUAUUAUGGGUAGUUAAGAUGAAAGCAGAGAUAACAGAUUUGAGAAACGCAAAAGAGAGAGAGAGAGGAAAUAAGGUCAUUGGAGUUCAAGUUGCCGCACUGGAGCUUUCAAUUUUAAGAAAUAGUCAUCAUCGAAUAUGCACAUGGCAAAUUUUGUAAGUAGGAGAGGCCCUUUUUUUUUUUUUGUUUUUUUGAAUGCGUAAAAAUCGCAUAGGAGAUAUUCCCAUUUUACCUCUCACCAACACAUUGUACAAUGUGUAGAGUGUACUGUAAUUGGACCCAACAAUUGUGCAUAGUCUAGCUUGUUAAUUGUACAGUUGUAAUUUUCCAAAAAUGAAUGAAAGUGAUUUUAUUUGUUCA